UUUUCAUCUGUGAGGAGGAGCUAUUGCAGAUCAUCAUGCACGCAGCGGUCUCAAAGACAGAGAGAUUAACGGAGGAUUUGUUUACAACGGUUUACAUUUCGGUGAUGCCUGUCAGACGGUCGAAUACAGUUUGAUUAUUAGGCUAUGCUACAGCAGUCCGCACAGAAAGACCACAGCACUGCUCCGACCAUCACUUUAUCGUGGACAUACACUCCGCUAGACCUGUCCUGUUUUAAACCCACUCCACACGCAGGGGAAGGUGUGAAGAUGUUCCAGAGAGGGUGUCAGAUAGAAUUCAUAUUCCUCUGUUUGUUGUUGGUAUCCUGUCCUCUCCCUGUCAGGGCAGAAUACAGCAGUUGUGGAGAGUUUGAGUUCUUCAACCAGACCCUCAGUAGCUGCCAACCCUGCCCUCCAUGCCAACCUGGGCAUGAGCCCCACAUGAACUGUGGCUAUGAUACUAAGGAUGAGGACUUUGGCUGUGUCCCAUGUCCAGCGGGGAAGUAUUCCAAGGGAAAGUACGAGAUCUGCAGGAGACAUAAAGACUGUGAAGGUCUGUACCGAGCUACAGUACUGAGACCUGGAACAGCAGACAGCGACUCAGACUGUGGACCUUGCUUACCUGGGUAUUACAUCCUGGAGAACCGACCGAGGAACCUGUACGGGAUGGUGUGUCACUCGUGUCAGAACGCACCACGCAACACCAAAGAGUGUAUCACCAAAGCCGUGUCAUCAGGCAAAGCCCCUGUUGUCUCAACCAGCAGCACCACCAUGUUCCCUCACCUUCACAAAGACCCCACAGGACAGGGUCACCUAGCAACCGCACUCAUCAUCGCCAUGUCAACCAUCUUCAUCAUGGCCAUCGCCAUCGUCCUCAUCAUCAUGUUCUACAUCCUUAAAGCAAAGCCAAGUGGACAAGCCUGCUGCUCUGGUCAGGUGGUGAAAGCUGUGGAGGCUCAGUCCAACAAACAGGAGGAGAAGAAAGAUGUUCCAGACAGCGUCGUCAUUUUCUCUGAAAAGGAUGAAUUUGACAAACUCAAACCCACACCUCCGAAGACAGUGAAAAGUGAGAACGAUGCGUCCUCAGAGAAUGAGCAGCUGUUGAGUCGUAGCAUGGACAGCGAUGAGGAGGCAGCCUUGGAAAGGCAGGGGGCGGCUGAUGCCAACCCCAGCCUUUGCCUUCUGAACCUGGGCAACAAGCCGGACCUCUGCCUGCUCUCCCUUGGGCUCCUGAACAGGGACAAGACUGGAUCCAACCCCAGCAGCCCGAACAAUGCCAACGGUUUUAGCAGUGGAAAUGCUAACAUCAUCCACAACAACAACAACAACAAGGCUAUAGGGAUUCAGAGUCGAAGGAAAAAGAUCCUAGAUCUCUAUGCUAGAGCCUGUGGAGUGGCCGAGGGUCUGAGUCCUACAGAACUCCCAUUUGACUGUCUGGAGAAGGCCAGUCGUAUGCUGAGCUCCUCCUACAGCAGCGAGGCGGCCGUGGUGAAGACCUGGAGGCACCUGGCGGAGAGCUUUGGCCUGAAGAGGGAUGAGAUCGGAGGGAUGAGCGACGGCCUGCAGCUGUUUGAGAGGAUCAGUACGGCCGGAUACAGCAUCCCUGACCUGCUGACCAGGCUGGUGCAGAUAGAGAGGCUGGACGCUGUGGAGUCGCUCUGUUCUGACGUACUGGGAGGAGAUGUCCACACUGCCCCUCUGUCAUCACCACGCUGCGCCAGCGUCUGACUCACGCACUCACACGCGUUUCCCGCGCGUUAAUGUAUACGCAAACUCACACAUGUGAAUACGUGUAUGCACACACCACACACAUACAUUUACAACCACCCAAACCCCUCCACAUGAAGAAUGUCAGCAGGACGCCGAAGAUUUCAUGUUUCUCCCCUCCGCUGUGGCAGUGGACAGGCUAUGAACUUCAUGCUGAAUAUUCGUUGUAAAAUAAUAUGUAUAAUAUUGAUUACAUUUUGUGCAUUUCAGUUUUGAUAUUUCAAAAAUGGCAUGAUGGACUUCUCUGCCUGGACCCCCGUGUCCUUAGACCCUCUCCUACCCCGCCUGCCAACCCCCAGUUCCC